GAGCAGGACGGGAAUCCGCGGGGGUCCUGCACCCCCCUGAGCCGCGUCCCUGCAGGUGUGCAGGGUCACUGAGCAGGACUCACAUCUGUGAGUGGCGGCUUCGGGCUGGGCAAGGGAGGGAGAGCAGUUGUGAGAAUACUUGGAAAAGCCUGCCAGGAAACAGGCCCUGUUCUUCCCCAGCUCGGCUGGAAGCCACAGUGGAUUGCACAGCCUUGGGAAUGAAACUCAUCUCGAGGAAUUGCCAUUCUGAGAGGUGCAGGAACUGUGUUUUGGCAGCAAACCGUGGCCUCCUGUGGAGGAGGAGGAGGAGCAGGGCCGGCUGGGCAGCACUGGGAGUGCUGGGCACCUCCUGCUCAUUCCCUUCCCUGCUGGGCCCAGGAACGUGGAGCAAUGCUCAGCUGGAUCACAGAGGGGAUUUUAAUUGAAUUUCUUGUUAGAUUAUUUAUUUACUCCUUUGCACAGCAGCUCUCUGCAAGCCCCCAGUGCCCCUGGGGUGGUCCCUUCCAACAGGAGCGGGGCAGGUGGAGCUGGAGGGAGCUGGGCCUUUCCUUGGGGGGCAGGGAUACACCUACCCAUGUGGGAAGUCCAAGGCAGCAAUCCCCCUGUCUGCACUUUCCUCUCAGGAGGGGAUGGAGCAGUAAAUGUGUGAUGGAGGAGCCUCCUGACGUCACUUAAUCUGGGAUGCCUUGAUGAUCUUGGAGCAGAACCUCAUCCCAAAGGGUGGAAGAAGGGAAAGGAAUUUGCUUUUCUGUUGCCUGCACAGUUUCUUGUGGGCUGCCUGGGGGGUUGAAAAGCAGCUGUUUUCCCCGAGGUUAUCCCUGUGCUCCUGGAAAUCCUGCUGCUGGUCCUGCUGGAGCUGCGCUGGUGGCUCCUGUCCCACGGUGGCUCUCCAGGAGUUCUGCCGCAUCGACCAGCCGCUGUGCCACGACGAGGACGAGCAGCUGAGCUUCGAGGCCGUGCGAAACAUCCACAAGCAGAUGGACGACGAUGCCAACGGCAACGUGGACGUGGAGGAGAGCGACGAGUUCUUGAGGGAGGACUUGAAUUACCACGACCCAGCAGUCAAGCACAGCACCUUCCAUGGAGAGGACAAGCUCAUCAGUGUGGAAGAUCUUUGGAAGGCCUGGAAAACAUCUGAAGUGUAUAACUGGACGGUGGACGAGGUGGUUCAGUGGCUCAUCACCUACGUGGAGCUGCCCCAGUACGAGGAGACCUUCCGAAAGCUGCAGCUGAGCGGCCACGCCAUGCCCAGGCUGGCAGUGAACAAUGCCACCAUGAUGGGCACUGUGCUCAAGAUGACCGACCGCAGCCACCGGCAGAAGCUGCAGCUCAAGGCCCUGGACACAGUGCUCUUCGGGCCCCCUCUCCUGACCCGACACAACCACCUGAAGGAUUUCAUGCUGGUGGUGUCCAUCGUCAUCGGGGUGGGCGGCUGCUGGUUCGCCUACAUCCAGAACCGCUACUCCAAGGAGCACAUGAAGAAGAUGAUGAAGGACCUGGAGGGUCUCCACAGAGCUGAGCAGUCUCUCCACGACCUUCAGGAGCGGCUGCAGAAGGCGCAGGAGGAGCAUCGCUCCGUGGAGGUGGAGAAGGUGCACCUGGAGAAGAAGCUGCAGGACGAGAUCAGCAUGGCCAAGCAGGAGGCCCACCGGCUGCGGGAGCUGCGCGAGGGCACCGAGAACGAGCUCAGCCGCCAGAAAUAUGCGGAGCAGGAGCUGGAGCAGGUCCGCAUGGCGCUGAAGAACGCGGAGAAGGAGCUGGAGUCCCACUGCAGCUGGGCUGCCCCCGAGGCCCUGCAGAAGUGGCUCCAGCUGACCCACGAGGUGGAGGUCCAGUACUACAACAUCAAGAAGCAGAACGCGGAGAAGCAGCUGCUGGUGGCCAAGGAAGGGGCUGAGAAGAUCAAGAAGAAGCGGAACACACUGUUUGGGACGUUCCACGUCGCUCACAGCUCCUCCCUGGACGACGUGGAUCACAAGAUCUUAACUGCAAAGCAGGCCCUGAGCGAGGUGACGGCGGCGCUGCGGGAGCGGCUGCACCGCUGGCAGCAGAUCGAGCUGCUCUGCGGCUUCCAGAUCGUCAACAACCCGGGGCUGCACAGCCUGGCCUCGGCCCUCAACAUCGACCCCGGCUGGGUGGGCACCCCCCGGCCCAACCCCUCCCACUUCAUCAUGACCGACGACGUGGACGACCUGGACGAGGAGAUCGUGUCCCCCAUGUCCAUCCAAUCUCCUGCCCUGCCCAGCACGGUCCGGCAGCGCCUGGUGGACGCCCAGCACGGCCACGGAUCGCAGAGGUUGGUAGAGGGUUCCGUGCCCGGGCAGCCCGAGCCGGGCCCCGCGGCGCCGUUCCGGGCGGGCCGAGCGUCCCUGCGCCGAAUGCAGAGCCUCUCCUCCGGACAGUCCUUCAGCUGCGACCUGCCCGGCGCCGGCCCAUCGCCUGCCUCCACCUCCUCCACCUCCUGCUCCUCAUCCACCACCACCGCUGCUCCUGCUUGCCAUGUCCACCCUGUCUAUUACCAUCACACCACCUCUUAUUUCCUCCAGAUGGACUCCACCCCCGACCUGCCCCCUCCUGAUGUCACCUCUGGAGUUCGCUGUCGCACUGGGAGCUUUGGAGACUUGACUCGCUCCGACUCCGACUCCUCCAUCCCGCACCUGAGCGACCACCAGCGUAUUCCCAGCUCGGCUCCCAAGCUCCUGGCUGCCCGGCCCACGCUGCUGACCCGCUCCGUGGAGGAGGCUGUCCCCGGCCACCCGGGCCCCGCCGCGCCCACCCCCAACGGCGGCAGCCGGCACGCGGAGCCCCCCGGGCCGGGGCCUUUGCCGGAGCGGCUGCCCGAGAGCCCCAUGGCGAUGAAGAAGAUGAUGAUGGUGAACCACGGCAUGGAGAAGUCCUCCAGCCUGGGGGAGAUCAGCCACCCGACGGCCGGCAAGCCCAGCCACUCGGAUUCGUCGCGGUCGCACAGCCCCAGCUCCCCCGACCCCGACACCCCCUCCCCCAUCUCUGACUGCCGGCCCCCCGGCGCCAAGAGCACCCGCAUCCCGCAGCUGGCCGCCAAGAAGAGCCCGGGGGACGAGGACAGCAGCCUCACGGGCGACGAGGUUGACCCCGGCCAGAGCAAGAAAAAGUUCCCCCUAAAGAUCUUCAAGAAGCCCAAGAAGUAGCGGGGGGGGAGCCCCCAGGAGCGCGUCCCGCCGGGCCCGGGGCCGGAUCGCACCGGGAACGCAGCGCGGCCCCGGCACCCGCCGCCCUCCCUCCGCACCCGAGUCCGGCACGGGGGGAGCUAUUUAAACUUAUUUAUUUCCCGAUCUCCGAGAAGAAAAGCCGCGCCGCCGCCGGCUCCCCCGGGAGAACAGCCCCCCUCCCUGCCCGCCCUCCGACCGCUGCGCUCCCGGCUUUGCUGUGCAUGGCUUCCAGUUACUCCUGCUCCGCUCAGCCACGCGGCCUUUGGGUUUGGUUUCAAUGUGGUUUUGUUUUUUUAUUUUAUUUUUUAUCGCCGUUACUCUUGAUUUUUUUUUCCUGCCUCCUCCGACUUUUGCACAGGCCGGCCGGAGGGGGGGCGGCCGCUCCCGCGCUGCCCCUCGGGCUGACUCAGGUCGCGGCGGUUCUCCCUCCUUUCCCCGAGUCACUUUUCCACCGCGGCCCCCGUGGCUUCGCCGUCGGGAGGGGGGACCCCUCCUGAGCAGCUCCGCGUAAGCAGGAGCAGGGGAGGACUCUGCCCCUGCCGGUACUCGCGUGUCCCAGGUCCCCGCGUGUCCCUGGUCCCCACGUCCCGCCCGGGCCGGGGCGGCCCCGCUGGGUCUCGGGGAGGGGACACGGGGCUGUCCCCGCACUGCUCUGCCCGGCCGGGGGGGCUGGAGCCCGGGGGAAGGAGCCCACGCCCGGCCUUGGCCUCACUUCCCUGGGCACCCUCCCCAGUGCCCAGGACUCCUCCGGACCCUGCCGGGGUGGAACACGAAGGGCAGGGCGGCCCCGAGGGGCGUUGGAGCAGAGCCAGGUCCAGCCAUC